CGGAGAAUUACCUGCAGUAGGUCAUGGCGGUCGACGGGGCGGCCGUUGAACCGGGCUCGCAGGGUGCUGUCGCGGAUGAUGUCGCGGUAGGGGGCGGGCUGUGGGCUUUUCUUGCUGAUGGUAUCGGUCUGUGGUAUGGUAUUGGUAAGGGGGGAAGGGCCCGCCGUUGGAGAUGGUGUUUCUGAAGGAGCCCAAGCCGAAGCACACGAUCUUGGUCACGCCCCAGUCCCAAAGGAGGAGGAUGUAGUGCUGGUAGCGCUUGGGCGCAGAGACAGAGGUUUUGACUAAGUUGUGUUAGCCAUGUCGUGUCCCUUGUUUAAAGGGGCUUCG